UCUUAUGGCAUCUUCUUCUUCUUCGUCUCGCAUCAAGAGAUACCAAGUCUUUUCGAGCUUCCACGGUCCUGAUGUCCGUAAAGGGUUUCUCAGUCAUUUACAAAGUCAUUUUGCAAGCAAAGGUAUCACCACUUUCAGUGAUCAGGGGAUGGAGAGAGGCCACACGAUCGUACCUGAGCUCGUACAAGCUAUUAGAGAAUCGAGUAUCUCCAUCGUGGUGCUCUCGAAGAAGUACGCUUCUUCAAGCUGGUGUUUAGAUGAACUGGUUGAAAUCUUCAAGUGCAAAGAAGAUGAGGGAAAGAUAGUGAUGACUAUUUUUUACGAAGUUGAUCCCUCCGAUGUUCGGAAACAGAGCGGAGACUUUGGGAGCGCUUUUCAGAAAACUUGUCAAGGGAAACCUGAGGAGGUGAAGCUGAGUUGGAGCAAAGCUUUGGCACAUGUUGCAAACAUAGCUGGGGAACAGUCUCUUAAUUGGGAUAAUGAAGCAAAGAUGAUUGAAAAUAUUGCUACAGAUGUUUCAAACAAACUCAACGCUACACCAUCAAAGGAAUUUUGAGGGGAUGGAAGCUCACUUGACAAAACUGGACUCUUUUUAUUAGGAUAUUGUCAUGUCCCGUACAUGUAACAACUAUCUUUAUUAUAUGUGUGUAUCUCUUUUAGAUUCAACACAUGUAACAACUAUCUUUAAUAUAUGUGUGUAUCUCUUUUAGAUUCAACUAUAUCUUGUAAACAUGUUUACAUACUUUGGCCUUGAGGUCUUCAUCAA